AUGGCGACGCCAGCGCAGAGCGAGCUGCGCCAGCGGCGGUUGUCCAGGGAGAAACAGGAACAACAACUUUCCGGCGAUGAGAAGAGGGUACGGCCCCGCGAGGAGGUGGUGUGGGGGAAGACUCCGAGCGGCGAAGUUUUUUGCGUCCCCACAACGCACGACGUCCUCACCCUUUUCCACCCCGCCUACCCAAAGUCGCACUUUGACCUGCUCAACCUCGCCCUGCUCGGCGCGCAGCUGCUACUCUUCUUCCUGCUGCCCUCUUACCUGCGGAAGCCGUUUUUUCUCGUGUACUUUGCGUUCUGGCGGCUCGCGUACGACGCGGGGCUCGGCUGGGUCCUGACGCGGCAGAGCAAGCGCAGGUGGAUCGUCAAGGAGGUCCAGCGCCUCGGGUGGCUGGACGAAAAGCGCAACCCCAAGAUGAGGGACUGGAUACGGAAGCAGCUGCAAGGGAAGAUGGGGCAGGAUUAUUCGUUUGAUGUUUGUUCAUCGCAAUACAGGGGAAGAGCUGUAUUAGGGACUACGAGUCUCCUUGACCCGGCCCUGAAGAACGGGGUAGUCUCCUUGACUAUUGCCUGUACAACGAGGUAUAGAGGAGAAAGAGUCGUAUUCGAGGCUACAAGUGUACUUGGAGCGACUACAAGGGACACGUAUCAGGGCCUACAAGUGCGCUACGAGCAACUGCAAGGGAUACGACGAGACUACAAUCCCUACGAGCCCAACAACUUUGGGACUCGUCUCCGAAGGCCGUACAUCUCAUCAUCGCCGCACGGCCUAGGAACUGUUAAGGGACAGUUAGAUCGGUACAAUGAUGGAACUGAGAGAUACGUACAUUCGGGAUAUAUGUGGCGGAAGACGGCUGGCACUUCUGCGAGCCCAUUCAUCCUCGGAGCGAUUCAUCCAAUCCAUUCAUCCAACACCGUUCGUAUUUGUUUCGCAGACAUCGAGCGGACAUACGGACAGAGGAAGCCCAUCGCGCAACGCACCCCCCUCAGGCGCACGCCCGCCUCCGACUCGAGCUCGCGCUCCCAGUCCGUUUCCUCCCUCGCCGACCUGACCACCCCGAGCGCCACGGAAGGUGAGACAGCCACCGAGACCGAGGAGCUUCAGACGGAGACCGAGACGGAGUUCGAGGGCACCGCGAAGCAAGAGCAGAUGAUGAAGAAAGCGGAAGUGAGCGCUGCGCUCACCCCCGCUACGGCCGUUACGAGACGUCAUAGAUCUGCGUUUGUUACCCAGCACGAUCUUAUGAAUACAUAUUUCAGGCAGGACACGAUCAUCCUGCGGAACAUCGACUUGUUUAGGGCAUCGGAUCUCAAGCUCGUCCUCCUCCUAUUCUACAUGGUCGUAUCGGCCGCGCUCCCGCCGCUGUCCGUUGGGGCCACGCGCGGACUGUACUUCGCCCACGCCCUCUGCUGGGUCCUCUUUCACUCCGUCGGCCUCGGCCUCCUCCUGCGCGCGCAGAGUCAGCACAAGUUCCUCGUGCGGCACUUUAUGAAGCACUACCACUACCCGCACGACGACCGCGGCGACGGCGCCGUCGUUGAGGCGUUCGCGAACUGGAAGGCCAUCUACAACCUGAGCCUGUGCAUGACCUACGGUGCGUGCGCGUCGUUCGGGUGCCUGGCGUGGAAGACGUACGCAAUCCCCGACGAAUGGAGCGUCGGCACCGAGCUUUUGAGGCACACAAUGGGUGUGCUGCUCAUUGCGCUGCACGUGUGGGCGACGAUGGAGUCGUACGAGGUGCUGGGCGUGUUUGGCUGGUUCUUCGGCGAUUUCUUCGUCGAGGACUUCCCCGCCCAGUUGGAGUAUACCGGGAUCUAUCGCUACCUCAAUAAUCCGGAUAUCAUGAGUGUGGCUUCGUUCUUCGGUCUCUCGUUGAUCAGCGGGAGCAAGCUCGUGUACGCCCUCGCUGUGAUCCGGCAUCUGGCGAACUGGUGGUUCUUGAGCAAGGUGGAGAAUCCCCAUAUGAGGAAGCUGUAUGGAGACUCUCUUCGCAAGGAAGCGGGUUUUGUGAAGGUUAUGAAGAAGGUUGCCAAGAAAAACGCGCGAAUGCUCGAAUCAAGAGCCGGAAAGCAUGCACCGGAGAUUAGACGGGUGGCGAAAGAAGUCAAGGGCACGUUCGACAAAGUCUACGAAGAGACCGCCGAAGCGGUCGAGGAGUUCUUGGCAAAGUCUAGACCGAGAAUCAACGAAGUCGUUCAAGAUACCAAAGUGCUUUUGCAACAGUCGCGAGAGAAAUUGGUUAUCACGCGGAUUGCGAAUGACCUUUCCUCGUACGACACCAAGAAAUAUACCCUCUCAAUCGUCCCCACAGAUCCCAGUGGAGCCUUGCGCUUCCACGUCGGAGAGCCGAUCCGCGUACGCUGGCAAGCGCCUUACAACCAUUCUCGUCGUGACUGGAUCGGGAUAUACAGAGUGGGCGCCAAUAGAUCCAACUUGGUAACGAAGACUUCGUCCUUGGGAAUGUGGGUCCCAGUUCACGACGAUGAAUGGGAUGGUGAUGUUCCACUCCAUCUGGAUAAGCCCGUCAUACCCGGCGAAGAGCCCGAGAAGGGAGAAGUGCAGUUCAAAGGGAGCACGCUUCCCUGGCAGAACGGGCGUUAUGAGAUUCGGUACCACCACGAUGGCAAGUACAACGUGAUGGCCAUGAGUGAUCCUUUCGAAGUUUACGUGGAUAAACCGGACGUCCUAGAUUUCCGGACCGUUCGAUCAUGCCUCAUGCGUGUGGUGCCGCUGUGUUUGGACUCCGACCCUUCACUCAUUCCCCUUUCUUGCCAAGCGGGAACUGAAGAUCCUCCGCCUUCUGCGGACACCCGUGACCCGGACGACUUCAGGUUCUGGUCAGAAAGACAGGCGAAGCGCAUAGCUACCGUGAUCAAACAGAUGUUCGACGUGGAGUACGCGCCAGAAGUGAUCGUCGCAGAUGCCAAUCUGUCUGCUCUCGCCAACAGGAUACUCGUCUCUAAAAAGGUCUUAUCGGCCUGAAAGCUGGAAGCCUCACUGAUAAUUUUGGCCAUGCCCCAUUUUACAUUCAGGUCGCUUAUCGCACACAUGUAGCUACUCUCGGAUUUCAUUGGUUGCCAAAAGGUAGAUUUCGAUCACUCCCGCAGUGCUGCGCUGUGCUUCGAGUCUGAUCAUAAUCCC